ACGUCAGACGACGACGUAGCUGUGUCCGUUUCUACAACAUCGCUCUCUCUCUUAACUAUAUUACUUACUAGUAAAGGUGGUAAUAGUCAACAGACGUAGAAACAAGUUGCAGUUUAACUAACUCUUUUUCAAUAUAUUAAUGGUAUUAACGGUACUUGCUGUCGAUCAAGUGUGGAUCAACCCCGAAUCAGAGCGGACUGAAGAUUUUGGAAGUUCAAUGUGAAAUAUAAACAACAAACUUAUGAUUUUUACUUUUAAAUGAAAUAUUGAAUCUGCUGCUCCAAUACAACGAAAGAAUGGAAGAUAUGACAUUUAUUAAGGUAAUCGCCAAUAACAGAGAAUUCUACCUCUUCACCACAAUCAAAGAUGAGGGCUAUGAUUUGAUUAUAACAGAUUGUCAAGACUUUUGGAGUGGAUUCGUGUUGAAGAAUGACAGCAAUAAUCAAUGUUCAGAUUUCCAACCAUUAACCAGAAUAUCUUACCAGGACAGAAGUUUUAGCUAUGAAAUAGAUCAUGCUUCUAACGAAAAGAUUCUAUUCAGGUGGAAGGAGGAAAAUGCAGCCGAAGGUCUCAAAUUUGUUCUUGGUUCAGCAACACUUUCUAAAAUCAAUGACAUCAGGUGUAUGACACAGAGAAUUUUUGACCAUUGUAUAAAUAUGAUAUCAAAUAUAAACCAGGAAGUAACGUCAGUGAAGAAAGACAAAAAUAUGUUAUUGCAAGAGAAAGCUGAUACACUCAAGCGUUUAGAUAAACUUGUUGGUACCAAAGAGACAAUGGAACAGGAGCUGUAUUCCAAGUUCUUGGUUGUUCUAAAUUCCAAAAAGACUGAAAUUUCAACACUUCGUGAAAAAGUAAAAGAUUUAGAAUCCCAAGAUUUGAAGAGGUCUGAAGAGUGUGAAGAGGUCGAUUCAGACAUGGAAACCUCUCCUUCCAGCAGUAUAUAUGAACAAGAAACACAAAUUGAUACGAAACCAAAGCCAAUGUUCUCUGAUGAGUCAAGUGACGAAGAAAUCAGUUUGACAUCCAGACAAAACCUGGAGACACAUUUUAAAGAUAAAAAGAGGGCAAAGGUUUUAACUACAACGACAACAACGUCAUCAUCAGUAUCAUAUCCAUCAUCUACAGCCACAACGAAAAGAAAUUCAUUGCCUAGAAAACGGUCUCUCAAGAAACCUAAUCUGGAGAACGAUACGAUGUCACUCAGCGAAAUGAUUGAUAGUGACAAACUUCUUGACAACAUAUAACUAUUUUACUUCUCUCUCAAGAACCCCGAGCAGAUAACAUUUGAGUGCAGAGCUCAUUUCAAACAAAUAUUAUGAAAUCAUUUUUUUUUUCAAAAGCGUCAUUUUAACAAUGAAAUUUAUUUUUAAAAGCUUUAAGUUAUCUGUUUCAAAAAAAAAAAUAUCCCACCUCAUCAUUUAAUUUUCCCCAUCAUCAAUGAAAUUCUAAAUUGAUGUUCUAAUACUUCUAAUACAAGU